AUGUCGUCUUUUCUUCUUGUGCGCUCUCGACUUCUCACCACUGCAACUCCAACCAAAGCCAUAGUGCCAUCGUUGACAAGGGGUUUUCGCCAUUCUACAAUCAGCAUGGGCCUGAGUCAAAAGUUGAAGCCUGCAGCCAGGGUGUCUGGCCAACGGCAAGAUGUCUGGUCUAUCAUUAACGAAGCUGCGGCAGCCUCGCCCAAGCAGCCCAUUGUGAAUAUGGGACAGGGCUUCUUCGGCUACAACCCGCCCUCUUUCCUUCUUGACGCGGCCAAGGAAGCACUGGAUCGUGUUGACUGCAACCAGUACUGUCACACCAAGGGACGUCCUCGGCUCAAGAAGGCCAUUGCCGAUGCCUACUCUCCAUUCUGGGGCCGCGAGAUCAACCCCGAGACUGAGGUGACUGUCACAACGGGUGCCAAUGAAGGUAUGCUGAGUGCCUUCAUGGCCUUUAUCGAGGAUGGGGACGAGGUCAUUGUCUUUGAGCCCUUCUUUGACCAGUACAUCUCCAACAUUGAGAUGCCUGGUGGCAAGGUGGUGUAUGUGCCCAUGCAUCCCCCUGCAACUGGCGCUACCAAGACCUCAUCUGCUGCCGACUGGACUAUCGACUUUGAUGAGUUGGAGAAGGCCAUCACACCCAAGACUAAGAUGAUUGUUUUGAACACCCCACACAACCCCGUUGGAAAGGUCUAUUCUCGGGAAGAGUUGCAGAAGAUUGGAGACUUGUGCGUCAAGCACGAGAUCAUUAUUCUGUCUGAUGAGGUCUACGACCGUCUCUUCUAUGUUCCGUUUACGCGAAUUGGAUCACUGUCCCCUGAGAUUGCCAACCUGACCCUCACCGUGGGAUCUGCCGGCAAGAACUUCUACGCCACCGGCUGGCGAGUGGGUUGGUUGAUUGGGCCUGAGCACCUUAUCAAGUACGUGUCAGCUGCUCACACCCGUAUCUGCUUCGUCACUCCUUCCCCUCUGCAAGAGGCCUGCGCUGUCGGCUUCGAGAAGGCUGAGGCGGCGGGCUUCUGGGACGAGACGAUCAAGGAGAUGAAGGGCAAACUGGAUAGGCUCAAUGCUGUCUGGGAUGAGCUGGGCAUGCCCUACUCAGAGCCAGAGGGCGGGUACUUUGUGCUCGUAAACAUGGCCAAGGUCAAGCUGCCCGAGGACUAUCCUUUCCCGCCGCACGUCAUUAACCGCCCGCGGGACUUCAAGCUCGCGUGGUUCCUGAUCCAAGAGGUUGGCGUGGCCGCCAUCCCCCCGACUGAGUUCUACACGGCCGAGAAUGCACACCUCGCUGAGAAUUAUAUCCGUUUUGCUGUUUGCAAGGAGGAUAGCGUCUUGGAGGAGGCGAAGAACCGCCUGCGGGGGCUGAAGAAAUACAUUCAGGAGUAA